UGUGUUUUGUCUCGUCUGCAAACCCACAGACACAAGUCAAGUCCCGAAAGAAGCCACUCCGCACUCGAUUCUUGCAAUCACGGGCCGUUUAUAAAUAUCAUCGCGGUAGAGGAACGGCUAAAAAUAAAAGGCGCAGGUCGCUUUUUGAUGGAACUGGAUCUCCACGUUCGGUCCCGCUUUGUCCGAAACCCGAGAAAACCGACGGAAACUACAGUGGAAAAGAAGAAGACGUGCCAUCCCCAUUCACGCCCGUAGAGGACCGCAUGGUCUGAUUUAGCCAAGACUAUAGACACACACGAGCCAUCUCAUAAUUUGCAGUGUUCGAUGCUGUCACAAUGGGGAAUAGCAGCAGCGACAGAGCCGGCGGGAGUCAGAGUGAAAGAGGGAAGGAGGCGCGUCCCAACAUCCUGAUAGACAGCACAGACGACACUGAUAUUUUCCAGAGGGAAGAUGCAAAGUCGCCACAGGAGGAACAGGAGUUUCUGGCCUGGCAGCAGGACCUGGAGAGCGAGAGUAAAUGUCCAACCCUUGCCAGGCCGACGGUGUUCCGCUGGGCCGGAAGCGCCAAAGAAGUCUUUGUGUCCGGCUCUUUCAACAACUGGACCACCAAGAUCCCCCUCAACAAAAGUAAGAACAACUUUGUGGCAAUCAUGGAUCUACCUGAGGGAGAACACCAGUACAAGUUUUGUGUGGACGGGCAAUGGACUUUAGAUCCGACAGGGGCUGUCAUCACGACCAAAACGGGGACUGUGAAUAAUGUUAUCCAGGUAAAGACGACCGACUUUGAAGUCUUUGAUGCCCUCCGAAUUGACUCCCAAGAUUCUGCAGAUAUCUCAGACUUGUCCAGUUCUCCUCCUGGUCCCUACCAGCAGGAAGCAUAUGUCGUCAAGUCAGAAGACAAGCUCAAACAUCCUCCUAUCUUACCUCCACACCUGCUCCAAGUGCUGCUCAACAAAGACACGGGAAUCUCCUGUGACCCAACCCUGCUUCCUGAGCCCAACCACGUGAUGCUCAACCACCUCUACGCCCUCUCCAUCAAGGAUGGGGUAAUGGUUCUGAGUGCAACACACAGAUACAAAAAGAAGUAUGUGACCACUCUUCUGUACAAGCCAGUAUAGUCUACCUGAACUCACUGUCGUGGUGACGCCGUGGUUGCUGGAAGUCCUCUUAAAUCCCCAUCUGAUGUUCUUUUAAAUGCACCAUUUGAAUUAUGAUCACAUUGUGUUUGAGUUAAGUACAACUUGCUGUUGACGUAGAUGUGCUUUUCAUCCCAAUUUCACUUGAUUCCAAUUUGUUUGAGCGACGUGUGGUUGACACAUUUUGCUGCUGGGUGAAACAUUCGCUUGCAUUCCCUUUCAGUGUGUUCAAAUCUGUGUGUAAUUGUAUGAGAACUUUCGCACAAAAGUUUCUUCUCAGUGAACCAAAUUUAGUCCAACUUGCCUUCUCAAACCAAAGUUCUAAACUUGUAGUGCCUCGUGAGCCCAAGCAGCAAACAGAAAAAAACGGAAAGCAAUAAUAUGAUUGAAAUGUAAUCUCUCCUGAUUAUUUUCUUAAAGUUUGUUUUGCUUCAUCUUGUGUGUGUGUGAAAACAAUAAAUAAGUGUGCAUUUUGAUUACAAAA